AUGGGGAAAGUGAUGGAAGCAUUUUGUCUGAAGAACAAAGAGAAGCCAAAUAAUAACAACAUGGUGGUGAGUGGAGGGAGCAGGAAAAUCAGAGGAGAAGUGGUGUUGAUGAAGAAGAAUGUAAUGGACUUCACUGAUAUCAGAUCCUCAUUCGCCGAUAGAAUCUUUGAGCUCUUGGGCAAAGGUGUUUCCAUGCAACUCAUCAGUAAAACCCAGCCUGAACCUGCAGAAAAUGGGUUGAUAUCGAGAGGGAGGCUUGGAAAGGUAGCAUACCUGGAGAAAUGGGUUACAACCAUUACAUCAACGACGGCGGGAGAAACUACUUUCACCAUUUCCAUGGACUGGGAAAACUCCAUGGGAGUUCCUGAAGCUUUACUGGUUAAAAACCAUCACCACAGCCAAUUCUACCUCAAGACAAUCACAUUAGAAAACGUUCCGGAGCACGGUCGACUCCAUUUCGUCUGCAAUUCCUGGGUAUACCCGGCACGGUAUUACAAGUAUAAUCGAAUAUUUUUCCCCAACAAGGCCUACCUGCCAUUGGAAACCCCUCCGCUAUUACUCCCUUACAGGGAAGAAGAACUCAAGAAUCUCCGGGGGAGUGGAUCACGCAAGCUGAAGGAGUGGGACAGAGUGUAUGACUAUGCUACCUACAAUGAUCUGGGCAGUCCAGACGACGGUCCAGAAUAUGCACGCCCUGUACUUGGUGGAUCGGAGUGUCCAUAUCCAAGAAGAGGAAAAACCGGGCGAAAACCAACCAAGACUGACCCCGAUUCUGAGAGCAGACUGGCACUACUAAAUCUAAACAUCUAUGUUCCAAGAGAUGAGCGGUUUAGCCAUGUUAAGUUUUCGGAUUUUAUUGCCUAUUUCCUGAAAUCCCUGGCUCAGGUAUUGCUUCCAGAGCUGAGAUCUUUGUGUGAUAAAACUAUCAAUGAGUUUGACACCUUUGAGGAUGUAUUUAAUCUCUACGAUGGAUGUAUCGAGCUACCAAAUGGGCCAACACUGAAGAAAAUACGGGACUGCAUCCCUUGGGAGCUGUUUAAGGAACUAGUUCGCUCAGAUGGCGAGCGAUUUCUCAAGUUCCCAUUGCCUGAUGUGAUUAAUAAGGAUAGAUCUGCAUGGAGGACAGAUGAAGAGUUUGCAAGAGAAAUGUUGGCAGGGGUGAGCCCGGUUAACAUUGCCCGCCUCCAAGAAUUUCCCCCGACCAGCAAGCUAAAACCUGAUGUAUAUGGGAAUCAGAACAGUUCAAUAAGAGAAGAGCACAUAGAAAAGAACAUGGAUGGCCUCACUGUUGAACAAGCGAUGCAAUGGAACAGGCUAUUCAUAUUAGAUCAUCAUGAUGCAUUAAUGCCAUACCUGAGGCGAAUAAACUCAACACACACGAAGACCUACGCCACCAGAACUCUCCUCUUCCUGAAAGAAGAUGGGACAUUGAAGCCUUUGGCAAUUGAGUUAAGCUUACCACAUCCACAAGGGGACCAUCACGGUGCUGAUAGCAAAGUUUUCACUCCAGCACCAAAAGGCAGUAAACGCAUUGAGGAUUCAGUGUGGCAGCUUGCCAAAGCUUACGUUGCUGUAAAUGAUUCUGGCUAUCAUCAGCUUAUCAGCCACUGGUUAAACACCCAUGCUGUAAUAGAGCCAUUUGUGAUUGCAACAAAUAGACAGUUGAGUGUGCUUCACCCAAUACAUAAGCUCUUGCAACCCCACUUCCGGGACACGAUGAACAUAAAUGCCCUAGCAAGGCACAUCCUCAUCAAUGCUGGCGGGGUGCUUGAGAGAACAGUCUUCCCAGCUAAAUUCUCCAUGGAAAUGUCAUCCGCUAUUUACAAAAACUGGGUAUUCACUGAGCAGGCAUUACCUGCUGACUUGCUCAAGAGAGGAAUGGCAUUUCCAGACCCAAAUGGCCUUCAGGGCUUAAGACUUGUGAUUGAAGAUUACCCGUUUGCUGUUGAUGGGCUAGAAAUAUGGUCGGCUAUUGAAACUUGGGUUACUGAAUAUUGCUCUUGCUACUACAAAACAGACGAUGAGGUCCACAGUGAUACUGAACUCAAGUCAUGGUGGACAGAGCUCCGCAAUGAAGGCCAUGGCGACAAGAAGAAAGAGCUAUGGUGGCCUAAGAUGCAAACAAGAGACGAACUUAUCCAAUCAUGUACCAUAAUCAUAUGGGUGGCUUCUGCCCUCCAUGCAGCUGUUAAUUUUGGGCAAUAUCCUUAUGCUGGCUUCCUCCCUAACCGCCCAACUGUAAGCCGCCGUUUCAUGCCUGAGGCAGGCACUGAUGAAUACGCUGAGCUUGAGUCAAACCCUGACUUAGCCUUCCUCAAAACAAUAACAUCCCAAUUCAACACUCUCCUCGGUAUAUCUCUGAUAGAGAUUCUAUCCCGACACUCAACUGAUGAGGUUUAUCUUGGGCAAACAGAUAAUCCUGAGUGGAUUUCGGAUGGUAAGCCCCGAGCAGCAUUUAAGAAAUUCGGAGAGACACUGAUGGAAAUUGAAAAGAGAAUUGACAAAAGGAACAAGGAUGAGAAAUACAAGAACAGAGUUGGGCCUGUCAAGAUGCCUUAUACGUUGCUGUAUCCUAGCACCUCGGACACAAAGAGAGAGGGUGGACUCACUGGGAGAGGAAUUCCCAACAGUGUCUCUAUAUGA